AUGAAAUCGUUUCUCACCAAGCAGGCAUGCGAGCCAAACCCGCAACCGAAACGGAAGCUCAGUCCGGAUCUCGAGCUCGACCCGGACAGCAACGACGACUCGACCGAAGUCAAGCUCGCUCUCUUGUCGUCGGUCUAUCCCGCCUUGGCGCCAGAGACCCUGUUGGACAUCCUCCUCGCUCACGAUGGAUCGGUGAGUCAAGCCUCUGCGGCGCUCCGGGCUAACACGCAGCGGCAGCGGCAGCGAGAUAGGAGGCCCGCCGCCAUUGGCAGUCAGCCGUCGCUGAAGCAGUACGCCUCGCCCGGAGACGCCGCGUCGCCAUCCAACAAGAAGAUGAAGGCGAGGAAGGGGAGCACGCUGCACUUGUACGACCCCGACGAUGUGGCGGAGCACACGCCCUGCACGAUAAUACACCACUUCCUGCCAGCCGAGGAUGCUAAAGACUUGCUCAAGGAGCUCUUGGAGGAAGCCAGAUCUUUUGAACAGAUUACGUUUAAGCUGUUCGACAAUGUGGUGUCCAGCCCUCAUACUUCAGCCUUCUUUGUGGACAGCAGCGAAGAAUUGACGGCCCAGAAAUCGGAAUACUACUACAACGGGUCACAAUUGACGGACGUUCGCCGCAUCACACCGCAGCUAGCAAAAGUGAAACCCCUCGUACGAGACGCUGUCAACGAACAGAUCCAGCUCCGAAUCAAGACGCGGUAUCCCGGUGGCAAAAAGCUGAAGCAUCAAUCGUCGGAUGCGUGGAUGCCGAACUCGGCCUUUGUCAACUGCUACAGCGGCGCGCAGCAGGGCGUCGGGUGGCACAGCGACCAGCUCACGUACCUGGGCCCCAGGGCCGUGAUUGGAUCCAUCUCCCUGGGCGUGGCACGCGAGUUUCGCGUCCGAAGAGUCGUGGCCCGGGACGGCGGCGACACAAGCUCGGCGGCGGAGUCGGACGCCGAGGGCCAAAUCUCCAUACACCUGCCGCACAACUCGCUUCUCGUCAUGCACGCCGAAAUGCAGGAGGAGUGGAAGCACUGCGUCCCGCCGGCGCUGUCCAUCGACCCGCACCCGGUGGCGGGAAACAGACGCAUCAACAUUACGUACCGGGACUACAGGCAUCGGUUCCAUCCCAGGCACACGCCGCGGUGCGGGUGCGACGUCCCCUGCGUUUUGAGGGUGGUGCAGAAGAAGAAGAAGAGUCUGGGAAGGUACUUUUGGAUGUGCCACGCAGGAAACGUGCCCGGGAAGAAGGGCUGCUCGUUUUUCCAAUGGGCCGACUUUGACGAUGAGGGGAACCCGGUUCUCGACCCGGGAGGCGAGACGGGACGAGGCGGUCAGCAAGAGGCUUCGGUGGAAUGA